AUGUUCCUGUCGCGGCGGCUCUUGGGGCCCCCGAAGAGCCCCAGGAACGUCUUCUUCCCAUGGUUCAACUUCAUCAUGGCGAAGACCGGCACCUACUUGGAGCCGAACCGCGCAGCCUUCCGGGUCCCCGUGCAUUUGACCAAGCCGGAGAUCCAGAAUUACUUGCGCGAGAUUUACAAGGCGAAAGUCAUCAAGGUGAAUACCUACAUCAAGCUUCCCAUGAUCCGGCGGAACUCCUUCGGGGACUACUAUAAGAAUGGCCCCUCCUACAAGAAGGCCAUCGUGACCUUCGAGGAGACCAUCCCAGACGAUGUGAAGAUGGUCUACAAUUCCAAGCAGCCCUGGAUGAACCCGGCGCUCACGAAGUAUGACACGCCGAGUAUCCGGCGAUGGAAGCCCUUUCGCCCAGGUGCCAAUCGUCGGAGGGAUUGGCAACCACGACAUCCCUUGGCCUGGGCCGAGCCGGUCCCGACCUUGCUGCGGGGCGACGACUUCCCUCCGCCCAAGAGGGGCGACACCGUCUUGCCGGACCACACCAAGCCCUUUCAGCACUACGGCCAGGCAAAGGAGAUUCCGACGGGAACCCCUCCACAGGAGUUCCCGAAGAUCGAUCUGGCCAUGCUCCGAGCCGAACGGGACCGGGCCGAGUCCGUCGCGCGCGUUGGGCGGUGUGGGCGGCGGUGCGACGGCUUCGUCCUGGGUUCGGCACGAAACCUCGGUGACCGGUGGGAAGAAGGGGAGGUGGUGGGAGUGGUGACGGGUGGAUCCGGCACGAGGCAACCCGGCACCGCCAUGCGCCGUGCCAUGCGCCACUUACCAUGGCUAGCCAUCCUGUGGCCGAGUCACGCAGAUGAGUUGAAGAUGGAAAACGGCAUGAGGCUGGAUCUGGCGAUGCGAGAAAGCUUCUUCGCAGAAGAUCCCCUGUGGCCCCCAGAAGAGGAGGUGUGGAACGCCUGGCCGAGGGGCUCUCCACAGCGUCUCAUGUUGGAGGAAGUCUUCACUGCCAUCAUCCGCUUGUAUGCAAAUAUGCAAGGGCUACUGACAGGGCACUGGGAGACGUUCUACUCCUUGGCCUGGCCUCACGCCGAGCGGAACUUCCCCCAGUCCCAGCGCUACUUCUGGGGUGACGUCCCUUUGAAGCAGCUCAAGGUGGAGCAGCACUUCAAGCGGCUCUAUGCUGGCUAUCGCUGGGCCAUCAGGCGUGCCGUCCUGCGCCUGGACAACAGCACCUGCGCCCGGCGCGCGUCGCGGGCCGCGGCGCGGCUCGCCGCGGCGGGCCGCGGUGGCGUUCUGAGCAAACAGGGUCUGUUGCAGUUCCGAGUGCGCGUCGUGGACGAGUUCUUUGGGUUCUACGCCCUGCUGGCGGCCGGCACUUGGAGCGCUGCGCUGUUGGAUGGCUGCGACGCGUGCGAGGUGCGGUAUCACACCACGGAAGAGAUGAAGUUGGAGAGGACUUUAGAUACGAUCAUGUUCAAAUUGCUUGACAUCCAAGCGAAGCCUUUGGCCAACGAGUUGAGAAGGACCUGGGACCUUCCAGAAUCGCAGCAACUUCUGGCAGAUGAGCUCCGUCCAGGCUGCCGAGCGCUUCGCACGCUCUGGCAGAAGGGCGGAUCUCGUCUUUGUAGAUGGCUCCCAUAG